AUGCCUACUGAAAUCAAAUUUCAGAGGAAGCUUUUUACCUCUGAAUUCUCCGUUAUAUUUCUGGUUACUAUCCGUAGCCAGAAAUGCGUUAUGAAGGUGCAUCAUGGAAGGGGACCACGACGGUACUACGAGCCAGAAGACCGUGAAUUAGAUAUUCAUGUCCUUGAAACUACAGCCUACACACGUUUGAAAGACAAAGGACUAUGCGAUCGGGGAAUUGUGCUUCGUUUCCUAGGUUCCAUGAGAAAAUUUGAUCCAUCUUUGUGUCAACCUUACCUGAAGAUGUUUCUAGACGAUGAAUACCUUCCUAGUGCCCUGUUUUUGGAGUACAUACCCAACCUGGAGAUGAUCCAACUGCACAAUUAUACACAGCAGCGGAUGGAUAAUAUUCUUUCUGGCAUCCGAGAGAUACAUGAAGCGUUAGUGCGACACAGAGACCCAAAGCCAAGGAACAUGAUGGUCGUUGGAAAUUAUCCAGAAAGAGUUGUCUGGAUAGACUUUGAUCGAGCGGAAACGUAUGAUGAAGACCAGAUCACUAAUGAACAGAGAUGUCUUCUAGAAGAGGAGGAAGAGAUAGUUAGUGGUUUUAAGGAAUGCCUAGUGAGUAUUCUUGCUGCCGAGUAUAUGUUUGUUAAUUUCUAA